CUGCACCAGCCACUCCCCUCUUGAUUCUAGAAGAUACCCCAAUCGCUUCAAAACCCGAACCCCUCACUCCUUUCCUCUCUCCCUCCAACAACGACCACCAUGUCAGAACGACAAGAACGACAAAACCCACCACUGCAACAACCCCCACAGGAUCCCAACCCCGAUGAUCGACCAGGGACUCCACCCCGCCCGCCUUAUUCCCCCGUAACACCCGUGUUCGCCCACCUCGCCCCCGUCCCAAAUCUCCCCACCGGCGUCGCACCGCCCAUCGUCCCGCCCGCGACCUCCCCCUCCCCAACCACACGACUCGCCUCCGAUGCCUCCAUCGCGCCCGAUCUGCCUCCGCCCGCUGAGCCCGCCGCCAGCGCACCGCUGUUCGCGCCCGCGGAGCCGGCGCCCGUGCCGAUCUCCGAAACCGACAACCCGGACGCCAUCGCGCUCCGCUCGGCGCUCUCCAUCUUGCAGAUGCAGAAGCAGCAGAGCUUACGCGAUAUCCGUGCCCUGGAGCGACUGAAGACCGCGGCGGAUGCCGACCCGGAGGCGUUUGCGCGUGAGCUCGCGGCGGGACGGCUUUCCGCUGCGGAUCCCGGGGGGUUUGUCAACUUUACGGCCGAUGAGGAUGACGAUGAGGAGGAGGAGGAGGAAGAGGGGGGGCGCCGGGAGGAAGGUGGUGGUCGGGCCCGGCUGGAUACAAUACCCACGCCGCAGAAUGUGGUCCGCAUGCCGCCCGUCAACUGGGCCAAGUAUCAGGUAGUCGGCGAGCCGCUGGAUAGGAUGCACGAGGAACAGCGACGGCGGCCACUGGCGGGGGACCCGAGGCGGGAUUCAUCUGCGCAACAGCCGUUGCAGCAGCAAAGAGCGCCGGAGCAUCUGCUUGCGUCGCCGUAUCGGCCGCUGGUGGAUAGACUAGAAACGCCGGCGGAGAGGGCCAAGGCGGAAGGCAAGAACAAGAAGACGUGAGGGAGGAAUGGUGGAGAUCGUAUCUGGUGUGAAUGAAGCUACUAGACUAUGGUACAGUACAAGUUCCAUAUGGUACAGUACCGCUCCGUAUCCAUCGACCUUUGACGAUUCAUGACGCAUCCAUGGUCCAACUGCAACACGAAAAUCUUCGGUCGCGUCGUCCCCUAGUAUGUCCAGCAAUUCGUGUUCAACUGUAUUCGAGACAGAAACAAGAACAACAAAGCCAGACAAGAAGGGCCCUCAGGCCGCCGCCGCCGACGAACGGUAGCAGCAGCAACGACAGCAACUUAGAUGUUCCUCAGUCCCGAAGUGAUCUCGUUCAUCUUCACAAGGAAUUUUUCAUGGGCAUCAAUGACUCUCUGCAACUGACGCUCCUCGAGGGUCUUUUCCUUCUUACCGCCUCUCUUCUUUCUGUGGCCGUCGUC